AUGAAGGGUAGCUCUCAAAUUUUAAGAAAAAUCUGUGGAGAUUGUGCCAGCGUGGACAGUUCCCUUAGUAUUGCAUGGACUGGUGAAGUAAAACUACUUCUGAAUGGCUACGACACACCCAACAUAUUAAACACAGACGAAAAGUGUUAUGGAGGAAAAUUGAGCAAAGACGGAAUAACUGUCCUUAUAGCUUGUAACAUCUGUGGAUCUCAAGCACUGAAACCACUGAUAGUAGUGAAAUCUGCGAGGCCACGUUGUUUCAAAGGGGAGAAAACGGCUUCUCACAACUUAUCACUGAAACAAAAGAUCAUUGAUGACGACAGGACACAGAACACAUACAGACAGACAUGUGUAAUACAAAUCACUUCACUGGUGCUGGAUAGAACUGAAAAAUGCGAGAAGGAAAACGUGAUAGUUUUGACCGUUAUAACCAUGAUUGAUAAGGGCUGGAAAAAUGUCAACCCUGUUACUCUGGAUUCUGGUCAUGUUGAUGAUGACAUCGGUAUCCAUGGUGUUCUAACAUAUGCUGAACUGUUGGCUUGUCACGAUGAAGACGAGGAAGAUAACGAAGAACGAUGGUCACAUUUACCAACGCAAAGUUACCUGUCCAUACUCUAUGCUCCUAAGCCGUCAGAACGGAAAUGA